AAAAGAAGAAGAAGCUCUCACACGACCAAGAAGAACACCUCAGGAAUAAUAGGACAAUUGGAAAGUCUAAGGUGUCUUUAACAUAUAACCAAGAAGGCCACAAUGUUUCUAGCUUAUGGGAGUUACUCUUGUUCCUUCACCACUACGAUCGAACAGUCCUUCGUGCCAGCACUACUGGAUCUCUCUCGUCAAGCAAUGCACGAGAUUGCGAGAUGGAACGCGGGCCAGGGAGCUCCAGGCACAGAUUCUCGCCAGCGAACAGCGCAAGAACAGAUUUCUGAUCAAUCUUGUGAUCCAGAUGCAUGGAAAAUGCGGGAACUUGCGGGAGGCGCAAGCGAUCUUCGAUGCGAUGGAGGAGCCCAAUGCCUUCUCCUGGUCCAUGAUGAUUGUAGCGUAUGCCCACAAUGGGUAUCUGGGCCGAGCUCGCGAGCUCUUCGACCAGAUGCCCGAGCCCAACGUGGUAGUUUGCAACACUGUGCUGGGAUUUCUCUCGGAUCUCCGUGAAGCGCAAAGGUUCUUCGCUGGAAUGCGCGAGCGCGACACUGUGUCUUGGAAUUCGAUGGUCCAGGCAGCGAUCAGGAGCGGGGAUUUGGAACAAGCACGGAGAUUCUUCGAUGCUAUGCCCGAGAGAGAUAGUGUGUCUUGGAGCACGAUCAUCACUGGCUACACGCAGAAGAAUCACUUGGAGGAGGCUAGAAGGAUCUUUGAUUCGCUGCCGGAGCCAGUGAUGGAAGCCUGGACAUCUAUGAUCGCAGCAUAUGCCCAGAGAGGCGAUUUGAUCCAGGCGAGGAAGCUCUUCGAUCGAAUGGAGAGGCGAGACAUAGUGUGCUGGAAUGCUAUGGUGGCAGCUUACGCACAGCGCGGGGGAGAGAUCUCUGAGGCGAAGAAACUCUUUGAUCGAAUGCCAGAACACAAUGUUCUAUCGUGGACGGCUAUGGUGGAUGGAUACGCCGCCGCUGGCAGGGUGGAUCGCGCCAAGGAUCUCUUCGAUCGCAUGCCCGAGAGAAAUGUGGUGUCGUGGAACUCGUUGAUCCAGGGGUUUGCCGAGCAUGGAGAUCUGGAGCAAGCCACGCUGCUGUUCCAUCGAAUGCCACACAGGGAUGUGAUCUCCUGGAACGCGAUGAUUUCGUGCUACGCCAGCUCCGGGAGGAUCGAGCUCGCCCACGAGCUCUUCGAUCGCAUGCCCCAGCGAGACAUCGUGUCCUGGACCGCGAUCGCUGCCGGCUACGUCCAGUGUGGGCAGAUGGAUCGAGCGCUCGCGAUCUUCGAGCGAAUGCCGUGGAGAAAUCUCGUGGUAUGGAACGCGAUCCUUGCCGGUUGUGUGGAGCAGGGAUAUCUCUGCGAGGGGAGCACGAUCUUCCACCAGAUGCCCGAGCGAGACAAGCUCUCGUGGACGUCGAUGAUCGAGAUCUUCGGGCAGAGUGGUCGCGUUGAUCAAGCUCGCGAGUUCUUCGACCAGAUGGAAGAACACGACGUUGUCUCCUGGACGGCAAUGGUGACGGCCUAUGCCCAAAAUGGGCAUACCCGCGAAGCUCUGGAGCUCUUCCGAGAGAUGGAGAGGGAAGGACUGGAGCCAAACGACGUGACUUUCCUCGCAUUCUUCAAGGCCUGUGCUCACGGUGGACUGAUCGACGAGGCCAUGAACUAUUUUGCGUGCCUGGAGCAGGAGCGAGGGAUUUGUCCCCGGCCAGAGCACUUCCUCUACGUGAUUGAUGCUCUGGGACGAGCUGGGAGGCUCCGGGAGGCCGAGGAGCUCGCCAAGGUGAUGCCAUUUGCGCCGGAUGUUGGGGAAUGGACUGCGCUGCUGGGUGCUGGAAAGAUGCAUGGAAGCAUUGAUUUUGCUGCUCGGGCUAUGGAGCGAGUGAUGGAGCUCGACUCGGCAAAAGCUUCGAGCUAUGUGCUGCUGUCCAACUGUCUAGUGCCUACCCGCCAUUGAAUGGUUUACUCUCGCUCCACGGUCAUUGAGAGCGGCCCAGCGCUGGAGA